AUGGCUGGGGGUCCCCCGUAUUGCUCGGGUGGGGGUCCCUGCACCAUCCGAGGGGGUCUCUGCUCUGAGGCUCCCCACAUUGCUGGGGGGGGUCCCUGCUCCGAGAGGCUCACCGGGACACGGGGAGGGUGCUUGGGGGUGGCACCUCACCCGGUGCCUCGGGCUGGAGCCGGGACCGAGCCCGUGCGCUGCCACCGCCCCCUGCCACGCCCCGACAAGUCGGGCCGGUGCCGUGGACGUGGGAGUGACCCUGCGCUCAUGGCUGAGCCUCCCCGGAGCCUCCCGGAGCCUUUUCCCGGCCUCUCCGGGCUCGGGAUGGUGCUGGAGGGGGUCAAGGCCAGGGUGCGGUGCUGGGGCCGGCAGCUGUGCUGGUCCCUGUUCCUGCUACUCUACGCGUGGUGGCCGCGCUGCCUCACCCCCCCUCUGCCUUACAGGCUGCUUUUUGGGAUGCUCUACCCGGCCUACGCAUCCUACAAGGCUGUGAAGACGAAAAACAUCCGGGAAUACGUCCGAUGGAUGAUGUACUGGAUCGUCUUCUCUCUCUUCAUGGCCACAGAGACCUUCACCGACCUUCUCAUCUCCUGGUUCCCCUUCUACUACGAGGUGAAGAUGGCCUUUGUCAUCUGGCUGCUGUCCCCCUACACGCGGGGGGCCAGCCUGCUCUACCGCCGCUUCGUGCACCCCACGCUGGCCCGCAAGGAGAAGGACAUCGACGCCUUCCUCAUCCGGGCCCAGGAGCGCAGCUACGAGACCGUGCUGCGCUUCGGCAAGAGGGGCCUCAACCUGGCAGCCACGGCCGCGGUCCAGGCGGCCACCAAGAGCCAGGGCGCGCUGGCCGGGCGGCUCCGCAGCUUCAGCAUGCAGGACCUGCGCUCCCUGCCCGACCAGGCCCCCGUGCACUUCCAGGACCCGCUGUACCUGGAGGAGCAGCAGAGCCUCCAGCAGCCCCUGGCCUACGGCGCCGGCCGCCGCUACGAGAGCGAGACGGAGGAUGAGGAGCUGUGGUCAGACUCGCAGGUGUCCCCCCCGCCGUCCCCUCCUCGGGAUCCCAAACCCCUGUCCCGCAGCCAGAGCCUGCGAUCCCUGAGGAAGAACCCGGGAAAAGAGGGCUCUUCCCGGCUCCUGCGCAGCCGGGUCAGGAGGAGAGCGGCUCCGUCGGAGCAGGACAGCUAAAAAUCCCGGGAAACCUCUGCCAGGAGGCUGAGAGGAAUUCGCUGCUGCGGCGUCAGGAGGGAGCAGUGGCUCCUGUGUCCCCGGGGUGGCUCCUCUGUCCCCGGGGUGGCUCCUGCAUUCCCAGGGAUCUUCACACUGUAAAUCCCUUCUGUGACCUCUGUGGUGCCUCAUGGAGGGGCAGCAGCUCAUCCCCCCCACUUCCAGACACCCCAGCUCGGCGCUGGCGCCUCUCGUGUGGGGUCUGGCUCCCCCCUUUUCCCCCAUGCCAUGAGCACUACACGCUGCCCCCCUCUCCUGCUGCCUUAUUCCCAACAUUCCCGUUGCCCUGGGAGCCAGGAGUGGAUGUGCCUCGUCCAUCUGAAGCCAAAGCCACGGUCCCUGCCCGGGGGAUGGGAGUAUCGGACACCCCCAUACCUGAACCCGGAGCACGGGGCACCCCACGGCUUUUAACAUUCCACUCUCCCUAAAAGAAGGUUUUGUACAUGGAGAAAUAAACGUUGUUUCAGACUUUGGGAA